GAGCGCGAGGCCCCUGGAGUCACUGGCACCGGCAGCGCUGCAGCACCGACGGUACGUUCAGCUCGUCGCUCCAGGAAUACUGAGAGGAGCUUUUCAGGGACGCUCUCCACGUCUCUCCGGCCUCAGAUAAGGAUGAAGUUGCUUCUGCUGUGUGUGUCCUUGCCGCUCAUCUCGGCAACAAUAUCAUUUGGAGACCAAGAUGAUAUGGAUGGCACCCUGCGUGUCAGCAUCCCCCUGGAGAUGCCCCUCCGCCCUCUGCUCGGCAGCAAAGUCGUGGUGCCCUGUUACUUCCAAGACAACACCGUCAACGACCCCGGAGCGCCAACCAUCGCCCCGCUGUCUCACCGCAUCAAAUGGAGCUACGUCACCAAGGACAAAGUCAGCACCAUCCUAGUAGCGUCAGAGGGGAAAUUCCACGUAGAGACGGAAUAUCUCGACAGAGUGACCUUGGUCAACUACCCGCUGGUGCCCACUGAUGCCACCUUGGAAAUGACGGAGCUGAGAGCCAAAGACUCUGGUGUCUAUCGCUGUGAGGUGAUGCAGGGCAUCGAGGACAACUACGACUCUGUGGAAGUGCAGGUUCAGGGUAUUGUAUUCCACUACCGAGCCAUCUCCACCCGCUACACCUUGACAUUUGAGAAGGCCAAGGCGGCCUGCAUCCAGAACAGUGCCACCAUUGCUACUCCAGCUCAGCUUCAGGCUGCCUACGAUGAUGGGUACCACCAGUGCGAUGCAGGAUGGCUCUCUGACCAGACAGUCAGGUAUCCCAUCCAUGAGCCACGGGAGCGUUGCUACGGAGACAAGGAAACCUUCCCUGGCGUGAGAACCUACGGCAUCAGAGAUGUCAAUGAGACCUAUGAUGUGUAUUGUUUUGCUGAGAAACUGUCAGGCAGAGUUUUCUAUUCCACAUCUGUAGAGAAGUUCACCUUCUAUGAGGCAGGGGAUCAGUGCGCCAAACUGGGUGCCAGGCUUGCCACGACAGGAGAGCUCUACCUGGCUUGGAAGGGUGGGAUGGAUGUUUGCAGUGCCGGCUGGCUGGGGGAUCGCAGUGUGCGUUACCCCAUCAACAUCGCCAGGCCUCAGUGCGGAGGAGGACUCCUCGGUGUUCGAACUGUCUAUCUGUUCCCCAAUCAGACAGGCUACCCAUACCCAGACUCUCGCUACGAUGCCAUCUGUUUCCAAGCUGGUGUAGACAUUGGUGCCGUGCCUGCAAGGACCACUCCUUUCCCCGACAUCAUCCGUAUGACUCCUGCUCCUGGGCCGUACCCAGGCAUCACUCCUCGACCUGCUGAAAAGGAGAUUAGGUUUGGAGGAGUUGACAUUCUCUCCCCACUUCCCCGGCCACCUGUGAUACGAGUGCCGGGACUGGAUCUGUCCGGAGCAGAUACAGAAAUGGCUCCCACUGGUGUGGUGUUCCACUAUCGACCAAUCACUGGUCGGUACACUCUCACCUUUUUGGAAGCUCAGCUGGCUUGCCAGAAUAUUGGUGCGGUCAUUGCCAGCCCCCAGCAGCUGUACGCAGCCUUUGAGAAAGGCUUACACCAAUGUGAUGCUGGCUGGCUGCGUGAUCAGACUGUCCGGUACCCAAUCGUGUCACCCAGAGAAAAUUGUGCAGGAAAUUUGCCACAUCUUCCAGGAGUCAGGUCCUACGGCCUGAGGCCAGCCACUGAACGCUACGAUGUGUUCUGUUAUGUGGAGCGUCUUAGAGGUGAGGUGUUCUUCACCAGCGACUAUGACAGUUUCUCCUACGAAGAGGCCGUGCAGCACUGCCAGAAACUGAACACCACCUUAGCCAACCCUGGUCAGCUGUACGCUGCCUGGAAUCAAGGCCUUGACAAGUGCCGCCCAGGCUGGCUGUUGGACCGCAGCGUCCGCUAUCCCAUCACCACUCCCAGGUCUCACUGCGGAGGGGGCCAGGUGGGGGUCCAAAUCAUCUACGCCUUCCCCAACCAGACUGGCUUCCCCGAUGAGCACUCACGCUACGAUGCCUACUGUUUCAAAGCAUCUCAUUCAGGUGAAGUUCCUGCUGUUCACGUGGAAACUGAGACCAGAGUGAAUGUGACCUUAGUCACUGUGGAUGUUAUUAACAAGACAACAGUCACAUUUGAUCAUCUUGCUCCUCCCACUGUUGAAACUGCUGUCGACUACAAUGAAACCUUGACAACUGUAAAUGUUACUGAAACUGAGCUCAUCAACAAGACAACUAUCACAACUCAACAAGUUGUUCCUGUGAAACCCAUUUUGCCUCCAGUUCCAGUUGAAGUGUCCGGUUCUGGUUCCGCCAGCGGAGAGCUCUCUGGAGAAUCUGGCAUCUCAAGUGCCAGCGGUGACGCUUCCGGGUCAGGACUGGACGUCACCUUCAGCGGACGCACUGACGUCUUCUCAGGAGAUCAGUCCAGCUCUGGAGGUCCGCAAGAGGGAGAAGGCGGAAGCGCUGUCAUCUUCACAUCUGGUGGGCUGGAUGGUGCCUCUGGAUCUGGAGAGGAGCCUGACAGACAGCACUCUGGCUUUGGCAUAUCUGGAUCAGGUUUUAUUGAUGGAAGUGGAGACAUGAGCGGUAGUGGUGGAGAUUCAACGAUCAUCAUGGUGGAUGGAAGCAUGGUCGACGUAUCAAAGACCCACCAGAAGCCCACUGAGCAGGAGGAAGGCCUGGGAGAAGUUGUUAUCAGUGGUGGCUUCUUGGAAUCAAGUGCGUCUGGAUCAGGAGGUCUGCCUGGGUCGGCCUCCGGUGAGUUUUCUGGAAUCUCAUUCAUUGACCACAGUGGCACUGAUCUAACGGUUCAGCCAUCUGGAGAGCAAGAGGUGUCCGGGUACCGUCCCUUCGGCUCAGGCUUCCACACCGGCUUUCCCAGUGUUUCUGGCAGUGGCUCUGCUUCCGGAGACUCUUUCCAGCAACGCGGCGAUGUGAUCUUCAUCACCGAUGAGGAGAUGAUGGAAGUGACCGUGCCACCUACGGAGCGCCAUCCUGAACAGGGCCGGGGUGUGGUGGAGGUAAGCGGGGAAGGAAGUGGUUCGGGGAUCCACCAAGAAUUCAGCGGCACGGAGCGAAGCUUUCAUCUCUCGGGAAGCGGAGCCACUCAUGGAACCGCCACCGCCGAAGGACUCUCCAUCGCUCUGCCGCCUAGCGUGACUUACACCGAGUAUAUUGCCUCUGCUGGCCAAUCCGGCUCUGGAGAAAACGUUCAGGAGGCCCGUGCAGGACCUACAGUUUAUGUUGUGACUCCAGACGCAGCUUACACCAGCCCCACCACAGCUCCUUCUAUAUCAUUAGCAACUCCUGCUGUCGUGGAGCAGCCUGACGUGGAAGCUUCUGUCGAUCCCUGUAAUCCAAACCCGUGUGGUUCACGGACCUGCUCCGCACAGGGAGAGCUUGCAGUGUGUCAGUGUCCCACCGGCUUCACUGGAGAAGACUGUUCAACCCCUGUCCAGGGCUGUGCCGAAGGCUGGUUGGAGUUCAGGGGAAACUGUUACCUCCACUUCGAGGAGAGGGACAUCUGGGCUGAGGCGGAGCAACGCUGCCAGGAAGUCAACGCCCACUUGGUCAGCAUCACCUCCCAGGAGGAGCAGCAGUUUGUCAAUUCCAAUGGUCACGACUAUCAGUGGAUUGGACUCAAUGACAAAGACGUACAGAACGAGUUUCGCUGGACAGACGGCAGCCCGCUGACCUUUGAGAACUGGAGGCCAAACCAGCCGGAUAACUAUUUCAACUCUGAGGAGGACUGUGUGGUGAUGAUCUUGCAUGAGGGCGGACAGUGGAACGACGUGCCCUGCAACUACCACCUGCCCUUCACCUGCAAGGCUGGACCCGUCAUGUGUGGAUCCCCCCCUGAAGUGGAGCAUGGCCGACCGAUAGGAAGCAGCAGAGAGCGCUACCCCGUCGACUCUAUAGUCCGCUACCAGUGUGAUGCAGGCUACACGCAGCGCCACCUGCCUGUCAUACGCUGCUUGACAAACGGACAAUGGGAACAGCCGCAAGUGGAAUGUACAGAAGCCGGCAACAACAGUAACAGGCUACACAAAAGGUCCCUGAGGAGGAGAAGUAAAGGCGGCAGCGGCCAGCGGGAACAGAGGAAACUGCUCUGAGCAGGACUGAAAGCACACAACAGACAGCCACAAAGGACCCCUCUUUUGAAGAAGCAUGGACACCAAUGCCAAUGCCCGACCAAAAAAGAUAGCAUUCCCUGCUGUGUUUAUGCACACACACACACACACACACACACACACACACACACACACACACACACUGAAAGCACAUUUAGACAGUGGUAGUGUAACUGACUGAUGUUUUGGAUCUUUGAGUGUCACCCUGCACCUUCUGAAGGUAGAUUUUCUUUGUAUUUAUAGCUUCUAAUUUAUAGCUGGAGAUUAUUAUCCUGAUGCACACGUCAAUGUUUUCUGCAACGACUGCCCUCACUGCACACAAGAUGAGUUAACUAGAUCGUCACAGGAGAGGCUGAGGAGUAACACACAAAGUCCAAAACCGGCCAGUGAACGUGUUUUUAAUUCUCUGAAGCCCAACACAGUUUUUUUCUCUCUCUCUCUAUAGAAUUUUGCUGUAUUGUUAAAGUAUUUUUCCAGAUUUGUGUUUCUUAGCAUUUCCUAAUCUUUCUAAUUUGCUCUUCAACCAUAAAGGAUCACGUGUGCGCGUCACACUUAGUGAUGCAGAGUGGCUUGUUCUUGUUGCUUGUUUUAUUUUUUUUAUUUUUACAGAUUACAGGCCAGCAAAGUGGUUGUCAUGUUUUUUGGUUGUGAUAGGAAGACAGUAAGGCCUUAAAUAUUUUAGUCCAUCUCAAUUUAAAGACACACACCGUGUGAACACGAUUCAAAAGGAUCUUAUCCCAACCACAAAGUCUGACAUCCACUGUGCUGCAGUGCAGAAUCAUAUAUGCUGAAACGACUGAGCUGUUCCUUAUGAUGUCUGAAACAAAUCCAAGUUCAUCCAAAAUGUGAUUAAAGUGCAACAAACCUGGAUUGAAAUUGUCAGCACUCAUGCACUUUUGAAUCCAGUGCACCUUAAGAUAUUCACACAAAAAUUUAAAAAUUAAAAAAAAAGAAAAAAAAAACAGAAGGUCUUUAUCUGUAGCUGACACACAGGCAAACCAGUCACAUGUGAGAUCUCUCC